AUGACCGAGAGAACAAUCAACAUCGAUGGCAUCCAAUACUAUACUCUUCAAGAAAAGCCUCCCGGCAGUCAGCAUCACACAGAUCCACCUGUCCUGCUAUGUCACGCCCUCAUGUCCAACCUGCACAUGUGGGACUCCACAGUCAAAGCAUUGAAUCGAGCCGGCUACACAACAAUUCGCUUCGAUCAUCUCGGACACAACAAAACUCCGCCUCCUGAAGAUAAGAAUGCCUCUUUCCAUAUGGACGACAUUGCGAGGCACAUGCAUGAGCUCGUUGCAUCUGUCACCGGCCAGCCCAAAGUCAAAGCUGUAAUUGGCUGCAGUAUAGGCGGUGUUCUAGCUCUUCGGUAUGCCAUGCUCUACCCCAAGGACGUCGAGGACAUCAUAUCGAUCGCUGCACCGGGCAUCUCUGCUCCAGAGAAAGCUCACAAUCUCUGGUCUGAACGUAUCGUGCAAUUUGAGAAAGACGUCAAAGAUGGUUCGAAUGUGCUUUGUCGUCAGACUGUGGAAAGAUGGUUCCCAGGCAGUCGACCUAGAGAUGUAGAUGUGAGAGAACGGGCUUUGCCGUUGGUGAAGACGUGUUCGUUGAGAGGGUACAAGACCUUGGCGGACACGAUCCGGGAUUAUGACUACGGAGGUGAUUUGGGAAAGGUGGAGGCGAGGACCCUGAUAGUUGCGGGCAGUGAGGAUGGAGCUGCUAGCCCCGAAGGGUUGAAAGAGUUAAGUGGAACGAUAGCAGGGGCAGAGUAUGUAUGCAUGGAUGGAGCGGGACAUUUACCGCCUAUGCACAUGCCUGAGGAGUUUGAGGAGUUGAUGCUGAGAUUUUUGGGAUGA